CCGACGCCAGUCGUAAACAGCAAAACACGCUGAAAAGUUCAUUAAUCAAGUUGGGGCAUGAAAACAUGUUUUUUCUUAAGUUUAUUACAUAAUUCAGGGAGCUGUACCUGUUUUGAGUUGGUUUGCGCGACUUUAAAAGUAAUUUCUCGAUUAUAUAUUUACAUAGAGUGUAAAAAUGGCUCGAAGAUCAUGUAAAUCGGACAUAGUACUCAAUAUCGAAAAUAACCAGCAUGCAGAUUCGUUUUGUAAUCAGUUUGCUUUUUUUGUUACAAUCGGACAAUUCGUUGGUUUGAUGCCACUGAAAAAAAUCAAGAAAAAUGGAAAAUAUGAUUUUUAUUUCCAAUGGUUCUCGCCAAGAAUCAUUUACUAUUUUGUAAAUGUCGUGAGCAGCUUUAGUAUUGGCAUUUUCUGCAUUAUUGAGUUUUCCGUAUAUGGAUUUCAAUUGGAUAAAGCAGGAACAUUGAUGUUUUAUGUCUUGAAUUUUUUCGGUGCUAUGGUAUUUUUAAAUAUUUCACGUUAUUGGAGUCAUAUCAUGGACGAAUGGACACAUACAGAAAUAGCUCUGAAAUCCUUCAGAGAAGUUAAACAUUUCAAGAGAAGACUCAUAUUAACGACAGUUGUAGCAACUAUUUUAGCCACUGUAGAACAUCUUCUGUUUAUUUUGAACGAUAUAUCGAAGACUUCAGUUUGCAAAGGCGAAGAAACCAACAAAAUAGAAGAAUAUUUUAAUAUUGCACAUCCUCAAGUUUUUAGAUUAGUAGCAUUUUCCUACUGGGCUGCCGUCUUGGUUAAGUUGGCUAACAUUAUUUCAACUUUUACAUGGAAUUAUACAGAUUCUUUCAUAAUACUGAUCAGUAGUGGCUUGGCAGUUAGAUUUAAGCAAAUCGCUGAGACAAUCCAGAAUAAGAAUCUUCAAGAAUCUGACGAUAAAUAUUGGAGAGAAACUAGAGAAGACUUCAAUAAAUUGUAUCAAUUAUGCACAGUUGUGGAUAAGCAUAUAUCACUUCUUGUUACCGUUUCCUUCGCCAACAAUAUUUUUUUUAUUUGUAUUCAGCUAUAUAACAGUUUAAAGUAUCGUGAAGGCUUCAUAGAAAAAGCCUACUAUUUUUAUUCUUUUGCUUUUCUUCUAUUACGGACAGCUUCAAUAACUUUAUAUGGUGCUUGGGUGAAUGACGAGAGUAGAAAACCACUACAACGACUCCAUUCUGUUCCUCCUAAGCAGUAUAAUAUCGAAGUCACUAGAUUAAUUGAACAGAUGAGUUCAACUCCAAUUGGAAUCACUGGAUCACAACUUUUUAUUGUUACUAGAGGAUUCCUUUUGAAAAUAGUCGGUACCAUUAUAACAAUGGAGUUGAUGUUACUACAGUUUGGUCCUCUUAUCAAAGACGAUAAGCCUAAGAGCUUCAGCAUAUCCAGACAAUGCAAUUUCACUGAUACCGAAUAAUACCAUGCAUAUAUUUUGUCGAAAUAUAACAGGGUUAAUGAAGUAAUAAUGGUCACAUAACCUAUCACGAAAUAUUCAAUUAUAUGUGUUUUAGUGAUG